AUGGCCUCGCAACUUUAUCAAUUCAAACGAACGUCGGAAACCAUAUACCAUGAGCUAGGUAGUUGGGCCGCUGCUGAAUACAUGUACACUUCCAUCAUGCGUUUUAAAGAGUACCAACGCGAAGAUGCUGAGGCUAACUGGUCUCCUAACACUGUCAAAGACUUCACUAUGCAAAUUCUGUGUGACCUUGACUCCCUGGAACAGCCCCGUUUACCUAUCAUGCCCGCUGACCUCUCCCCCAAAUGCCGGGUUCUGCUCCAGAACUUGUCACAGAUGGCAAAUCAUGACUUUCAUGGGCUGAUAUUCGUGGCUCAACGAGCGACGGUGAUGAUUCUAAAGUCACUAAUUGAGCAAUAUCCCAAUACCAAAGACAAUUUCCGCUGUGAGACUUUUGUCGGCAUGUCAAAUAAUCAGAGCCGGACUGAUCUUGGAAAAUGCCACAAUGACAUCAACGGCCAGGAAGAUACACUAAAAAGGUUUCGGACAAGAAAAUUGAACCUUAUCAUCACCACGAACGCAUUAGAAGAGGGGAUAGAUAUUCCGGCGUGUAAUACCGUCAUCUGUUUCGACAGGCCUCUUAGUAUAAGGUCCUUCGUCCAAAGACGUGGAAGGGCUCGCGAGGGAGAAUCCACCUUCAUCGUCUUCGUAGGCAACAAAGAGGACGAGGAGGGGCUGGGGAACCUGAUGAAAAUUGAAGACGUGUUGGUGAAAACAUACCAAGAUGAUACAAGAGCUGUCUUCAAUCAUCCACUCCAGGCAGAACCUUGUUUGUCGUUGCAGGUGAAAAACACAGGCGCUCACCUAAAUAUGAUGGAUGCCGUGAGUCACUUGAAUAUUUUCUGCGCAAAGUUACCGAAACAACCGUACAUCGGCAAUCAGCCACUAUACCAUCACGAGGAGAGCGAUGAUAGCCAAGUUCGAGCUAUAAUCAGUCUAACAAGUGCUCUCCAUCCUUCUCUUCAACAAACAAAAGGUUUACGGUGGUGGUCUAGUAAGAAACUUGCGAAUGCCGACGCUGCGCUGCAAGCAUAUAAGGCCCUUUGGGCGGCAGGCCUGGUGAAUGACUAUCUACUGCCAACAAAGCUGGCAGAUCUCGUCGAUUCGGCAUUUAUCUCUUCCAAAACCAUCCAUUUUGUAUCUGAGCCAAUAAACCCAUGGGCCGAGAUGGCUGCUCGAUGGAAUCUCGAUGAAGUGGACCUGUACGCUCACCGUGUGCAGAUCCAACACCCACGAAAGGAAAGUCUCGAACUGAUGAUGAUCAUCCCUUUGCAGAUACAGAGGCAAAUUCAAUUCCCCCUCUUUCUGAAUGAUAAUACAACUAUCGGGUUUCAUCUAUCACCAGGCUCACUGAUCGCCCCUGACAAUCAAUUUACCACGUUAUACCGACAAGUCACGCAUUUGAUCCUCCAGUCUGUAUAUGAGCACCUGCUGCAACCUAGGCCUUGCAUGGAUUUCGUCGCACUAUUUGUUCCAGAUGCUGCGCCAGCUGCAAUGCAAGCAUUUUUGGAUGCAUACUCUGGCAGGAUUUGCCUCGACGAGGCUAUGAAAACUGCAUGCCGCACACGGGCAGCUCUCUAUAUCCCCUGUAUUACCCAUGAGAUUGGCGUAUAUAUGGUCGCCGAACAGCUUCGGGAGAAAGUUUUAUCAGGCAUGUCGUUCCGCAGUAUAGAUCUCCUUUCCGUGGCUAUUCGACCUACUUGCUCCGGGAGUCCUGCUCGAUUUCGGUCCCUGGCUUCUGUGGGGGCCACCUUUCUGAAGUAUAUCACUAGUGAGCAGCUGUUUCUGCAUCACCCUGCCUGGCAUGAAGGCCUGCUUUCCAGGGUUAAGGAGGCUAUUAUUUCGGACUGUGGGCUAGCCCAAGCAGCCAGAAUGUGUGGGCUAGAGAGAUUCCUUAUCACCAGGCGGUUUAACGGAAAAAAGUGGAAACCUGCUUGGGUUUCCAAUCUUUUAUCGCCACCGAACGUCCCGGAGUCGCGAAAGGUCAGUGCUAGGACACUGGGAGAGAUGGUUAGGGCGAUUGUGGGUGCAGCCUAUACUGAUGGCGGUAGGAAGCAAGCCGCGAAUUGUGCUGCGGCUCUUGUACCGGCAAUCAAGACCUGGCACGCUGCAGUGCUAAGUGAUGGCAGCUUUGAGCAGAAUCGGCCUGGUCCGAUGACCUCGUACUCUUUGGCACUGGGUGAGAUGGAAAAAUUACUCGGAUACAAAUUUACAGACCGCAGCCUGCUAGUGGAGGCAUUGACGCAUUCUUCAUACUAUGCAUCUGGACUGCCUCAGACCACUGCCUACGGUCGACUGUCCUUCCUAGGUGAUGCUGUGCUGGAGUUAGUGGUUACUCAGUCCCUACUCUACGCUCCAAUCAGGACCAUGUCGGUCGAUCGUUUACAAAGUUUGAGAACUGCUGUCACUAACAAUCUAUUCUUAACAUUUGUAUGCCUGGAGUUCCAUCUGGAAGUUGAGUCCUGCCUCGAUGAAGUCCCUCAACCGACUCUUAGUCGGACGGUGGAUGCCCGUGACGAGGUCUAUCUGUGGACUUGUUUACAAUCGCACAGUCAGGAGCUUACUACCGGCCUGAGCAAAUUUCGAUUGGCGUCCCGACAUGACUGCUGGAGAAUUCAAAGAGCUUUGCUGAGGACGAUGCGAUAUCCCUGGGCCGACCUAGCUGCCAUGGGCGGCCACUCUGUCCUGAGUGAUAUCGUCAAAAGCGUGUUAGGGGCGGUAUUUGUGGAUUCUCGAGCCAGCCUGCAGGAUUGCCGGCAUUUGGCUGACAGAAUGGGGAUCCUCCGCCGCGCCAAGCAAUUCUGUCGCGAUGAUGUGAUCACGGACCACCCCAAGGUCCUGUUACAGAAGUUAAAUCCGGGGGCAAAGAUCGUCUAUCAAAUCUAUACUAUACCUAAAUCAGAACGCGUCUUCUGCUGCGCGGUCUGGUUGAAUGGGGAGAAAGCUAUUGAUGUCCAAGAAUACCCCAAUCGGGAUGCUGCUGUGGUCUCUGCCGCCCAAAGUUUAGCUCGGCUUCUUCAACAAAAGCCUAGGGUCCAGUAA